AACUUGCCUUUUUCUAUUAAAUUUGGUAGCAUCAAAGAAUCCUUUUCUCCUAUUCUCUUGCACCAGAGGUUACUUGGGAAGAAAGUAAUAUUCAUCACUGGAACAGAUGAGCAUGGAGAGAAAAUUGCCACUGCUGCAGAGACCAAUGGCAGAAGCCCAAGAGAGCACUGCGAUACGGUUUCAGAUGCCUAUAGAAUUCUCUGGAAAGAUCUAGACAUAGCCUAUGAUAAGUUCAUUCGCACAACUGAUCCGAUACAUGAAGGCAUUGUGGAGGAAUUCUAUUCAAGAGUGUUUAACAAUGGUGACAUAUAUAGGGCUGACUAUGAGGGGCUCUAUUGUAUCAACUGUGAGGAAUACAAGGAUGAGAAAGAGUUGCUUGCAAAUAAUUGUUGCCCGAUGCACUUAAAGCCGUGUGCCCUGCGCAAAGAGGAUAAUUAUUUUUUUGCCUUGUCUAAGUAUCAAAAAAUGUUGGAAGAAUACUUUAAAAGUAAUCCAGACUUUGUGAAGCCAGCAUUUCGGUUGAAUGAGGUGCAAGGCUGGAUAAUCAGUGGCUUGCGAGAUUUUUCGAUAUCACGUUCUUCGGUUGAAUGGGGAAUACCUGUGCCAACUGAUGAUAAGCAAACAAUCUAUGUUUGGUUUGAUGCUUUAUUAGGUUAUGUUUCAGCAUUACUAGAUAAAGAUGUACAGCCGAGUCUAGAAAAAGCUGUUGGUGCCGGGUGGCCUGCUUCAUUACAUUUGAUAGGAAAGGAUAUUUUGCGGUUUCAUGCAGUUUAUUGGCCAGCAAUGCUAAUGUCUGCCGGAAUAAGUCCUCCAAAAAUGGUCUUUGGUCAUGGUUUCUUGACAAAGGAUGGUAUGAAGAUGGGUAAAACAUUGGGAAAUACACUCGAGCCAAAAGAUCUGGUUGACAGAUUUGGGUCAGAUGCUGUGAGAUACUUCCUCUUGAGGGAAAUUGAGUUUGGCAAUGAUGGAGAUUUCUCAGAAGAACGCUUUAUCAACAUAAACAAUGCACAUCUAGCUAAUACAAUUGGAAAUCUUCUGAAUCGCACACUUGGACUCCUGAAGAAAAAUUGUCAAUCCACCUUGGCUAUCAAUUCAACUACUGCAGCUGAAGGAAAUAAGUUCAAGGAUACAGUAGAAAAUUUAGUGAAUAAGGCCAAGAUCCAUUAUGAGAAUCUUUCAUUAUCAUCAGCUUGUGAGUCUGUAUUAGAAAUCGGAAAUGCUGGCAACAUUUACAUGGAUGAACGUGCUCCCUGGUCCCUUUUUAAACAAGGAGGUUCUAGCUAUGAAACUGCUUCUAAGGACCUUGUUCUUAUACUGGAAGCCAUGAGGAUUAUAGCAGUGGCUUUAUCUCCAGUUGCUCCAAGCCUGUGCUGGAGAAUAUACGCACAGCUUGGAUUUUCAAAAGAUGAGUUUGAAGCAACAACUUGGAGCGAUACAAGAUGGGGUGGUCUUAAAGCAGGUUCAGUUAUGGCUGAGCCAAAGCCAGUUUUUGCGAGGAUUGAAAGCAGGAAAGAUAGUGAAGAGGGAACAGUAGAUGCUACAGAAAAGAUAUCUAAAGCCAAGAAAAAGAAUCGUAAUCAAGGAUUAGUUCAGGCCUAGGCCUAGUUUUUUCAAAAUUUUGUUUUUUUUUUUGUCAGUGCUUCAGGUCUUCAAAUUUUGAUAUAUCUCUGUAUUAUUGUCAACAGAAAAUUUAUCAUUUAGAUUA